AUGUCAGCAUUAAAGAUCCCACUUUUCAAAAUGAAGGACCUGAUAUUGAUCAUGUGCCUCUUAGCAGUGGGUUUUGCUGUGCCGAUGUUUCCUCAGCAACCUGGAACCCCCGGCAUGGCCAGUUUGAGCCUUGAGACAAUGAGACAGUUGGGAAGUUUGCAGGGAUUAAACAUGCUUCCUCAGUAUUCUAGAUUUGGCUUUGGGAAAUCUUUUAAUUCUCUUUGGAUGCAUGGUCUCCUCCCACCACAUUCCUCUUUCCCAUGGAUGCGACCAAGGGAACAUGAAACUCAACAGUAUGAGUAUUCUUUGCCUGUUCAUCCCCCACCUCUACCAUCACAGCAGUCCUUGCAGCCUCAACAACCUGGACAGAAACCUUUCGCUCAGCCCACACCUGCAACUGCCAUCCAAGGCACAAUCCAGAACGGAGGGCCACAACCUCCAAUUCACCAGGGACAGCCUCCCUUGCAGCAAUCUGAGGGACCAGUGGUUCAACAACAGGUAGCCCCAUCAGAAAUGCCACCAAAACCUGAGGUAAUUACUUUCUCUAAUUGCAGUGAUGUGUUACCAGGAAUGGAUUUUGCUGGCCCACAAGGUCCAUCAAUUUUCCAAAUUGCCCGUUUGAUAUCUCAAGGACCAGUGCCACAAAAUAAGCAAUCUCCACUUUAUCCAGGAAUGUUUUACAUGCCCUAUGGAGCAAAUCAAUUGAAUGCACCUGCCAGAUUGGGCAUCAUGAGCUCAGAAGAAAUGGCCGGAGGCAGAGGAGGCCCUAUGGCCUUUGGAUCUAUGUUCCCAGGAUUUGAAGGCAUGAGACCUGGCUUUGGAGGAAUGCCCCCCAAUCAAGGCAAGGGUGGUGACUUUACCCUGGAAUUCGACUCCCCAGUCGCUGCAACCAAAGGUCCUGAGAAAGGAGAAGGAGGUGCGCAAGGCUCCCCCUUGCCAGAAACCAAUUUAGCCAAUCCAGAAAACCCAGCUCUUCUUCUAGAGGUAUCACCUGGUGCCCAUGGAGGGCUUCUUGCAUUUCCUAAAGGCAACAUUCCCAGCCUGGCAAGGGGCCCUGCAGGGCAGAGCAGGGGACACUUUGGGGUCACUCCAGCAGCUGCUGACCCACUGGUGACCCCCGGAUUAGCUGAUGCUUAUGAGACCUAUGGUGCUGAUGUGACUACACCCCUGGGUCUGCAGGGAGAAACGACCAUGGAUACCACAAUGACCCCAGACACUCAGCAAACAUCGAUGCAGGGAAACAAGGCCCAGCAACCCCAGAUUAUGCACAAUGCUUGGCCUUUCCAAGAGCCCUAA